CAGAAAAGUCAAAGAGAGAGUCUUUGUGGGCCAACGUUGACAAGUCUUUGAUGGAGCUUCUCAGAAAUCAUACACCACAACAUUUUACUUUUUCCUUCUCUCAUUUAAUCAUCACCAAAUAUCAUGAAUAAACAAAAUAAAUCUAACUGAUAAAAAAAAAAAAUGCUUCUUAAAACUAAUCAAAAACAUUUCUUCUUAAUCCAGGCAAUCCUUGUAUCGAUCUACUUUCCAAUUUUAUUCGGUGCCGGCGGUUUUUUAAUCCAACCAUCGGCAGCGGCGGCAGUUUGCGGCAGCUCAGAUUCAACUGUUUGCUAUAAGCAGAGCCACGUCAGACUACUGGCGGGGGCCGCCGCCCCCACUCCUUCUCCUUCUCUAGGUGCAAAAUUCACAUUGGUAAACAAUUGUUCAGAGACGAUUUGGCCAGCAAUCCGAAGCAGCGUAGGCUCACCAAACCUAGAAAGCACAGGAUUCGAGCUCCCCAUCGGCACAUCACGCGUCAUCGACGCCCCAACUCGCUGGACCGGAAGUUUCUGGGGCAGAACCAACUGCGCCUUCAACGACUCCGGCAAUGCCACCUGCAGCACCGACUACGCCGUCGCCACAUUGGCGGAGUUCAGCGUCGGGUUGGGCUCCGCCGACUUUUAUGACGUCAGCCUCGUCAACGGCUUCAACCUGCCCCUGCGGGUCGACCCCGUCGGCGGGUCGGGUCAGUGCAAUUCAACCGGCUGCGUGGUGGAUCUAAACCGUUUGUGCCCCGAGGAGCUGAGAACCGAUGGCGGCGGCGCCUGCCGCAGCGCGUGCAACGCGUUCAACACCACUGUGCACUGUUGCAGAGGGACGACGUGCAGGCCGACGCUGUACUCCCAGCUGUUCAAGAAUUCGUGUCCCCUGGCUUACAGCUACGCCACCGAUGAUGCCACCAGCACCUUCACUUGCCCCUCAACCGCCGAUUACGUCAUCACCUUCUGCGCAUCGAGUAUUCCCGGUCAAAACAUAUCCGUAGAUGAUAGCCCUGCGAUUGGAUUAGGGCCAUCUCCGGAGCCAUCUUUCCCAAGGACAUCUGAUCCAGGAACAUCUUCUUCUCCAAUAAUAGGAACUAUAGCAGGAGUAAUAAUUGGCAUAUUGACUAUAGCAUCAAUUGUGUCAUACUGCUAUAUUAAAAGACGACAUGUAUCAGAAGGUCCUUAUCAGUUGAGCAACCAAGAUAUAGAAAAGUUUCUAAUCCAACAUGGAUCACUCGCUCUAAAGAGAUACAAAUAUUCCGAAAUCAAGAAAAUGACAAAGUCAUUGAAAGAUAAACUUGGUCAAGGAGGCUAUGGUAGUGUCUACAAAGGUGUAUUACCCGAUGGCUCCCUCGUGGCUGUCAAGGUUUUGAUCGAGGCGGAUAGCAACGGAGAAGAAUUCAUCAAUGAAGUUGCUAGCAUUAGUAGAACCUCCCAUGUCAAUAUCGUCAAUCUUUUGGGAUUUUGCUUCGAUAGAAAUAAGAGAGCUUUGGUUUACCAAUUUAUGGCCAAUAAAUCAUUAGACAAGUUCAUCAACAAUAAGGAUUCAUGUCCUAUAGAUUUGCAAACAAUGUACGGCAUUGCAGUUGGAGUUGCCAAAGGUUUGGAAUAUCUGCACACGGGGUGCAAUACUAGGAUUGUCCAUUUCGACAUUAAGCCACAAAAUAUUCUAUUAGACGAAGAUUUUUGUCCUAAAAUAUCUGAUUUUGGGCUUGCGAAACUAGGUAAGAAGAAGCAGAGUGUAAUAUCGAUGCUCGGGACAAGAGGGACAAUUGGUUAUAUUGCUCCCGAAGUAUUUUCGAGAAAUUUUGGAGGAGUUUCUUAUAAAUCUGAUGUCUAUAGCUAUGGAAUGAUGGUCCUUGAAAUGGCUGGAGCGAGAAAAUUUGUCGAAAAUGAGGCAAUUCAGUCGAGUGAGAACUAUUUUCCGGAUAAAAUCUACGAGGAAGUUGUACUUGAUGUAACCAAGAGGUUGGGCGAUUUCACGUUUGAAGAGGAAUUAGAAGAAACGACGAAGAAAAUGUUUUUGGUAGGAUUUUGGUGCAUUCAAACAAAUCCAACGGAUAGGCCAACGAUGUCGAAGGUUUUGGAAAUGUUAGAAGGAAGUCUACAAUCUAUACAAAUUCCACCAAAGCCAGUUUUGUGCACUCCUAUUUUACCGGCACAAGACGGUUCCUCGUCAUUUUCAACAUAUGUGGACACUGAAAAUUCAUCUAAUGUUGUAACUAUAUGAUUACUGGUUAAAUGAAAAACUGUAUUAGUUUAGAAUUGUAAAAUCUUCAUUUGUCAUUUUGAUGUGAGAAGUUUGUAAUUUUUUAGAGCAGGAAUUUUGCCCUCCACAGUAAAAUCCUAAGAGUUAAGCAUCUAAAGGACAUUUCUUUUUCCUUAUU